UUGAAAUAAAACGCGCUCGUUGAAUUAUCUGUACAGACUGACUUUAUUUCAGUGGCGGCUCCUUCUUAGGGUCAAUUGGUCAAUGACCCCCCUAAAAUAAUCUCAUAAAAAUACUAAUUUUAUUAAAAAUAUCUUUUAUCUAAAACUUCACUGUGAAUUAUAAAAUUCUCUGCAUUGGCAAAACAAAUAAAUAUAGUACCAACGUCGCGCCUCGCGCUCAUCACACAAGCCCGUGGCUGGAGCGUAUUUUAAAUUGUCCCUAUACAGUUCUUAAGGCUUAUGGAGAAAUGCAUGUAAAAUAGAACAAAGAGGGCAGAUUCGCAUUUCGUGAGCAGGAGUGAGAGUCACCUUUCAGUCCUAUAUCUCUAAUGUAGUCGUAGUCGACGGCCCGACUGGAUGAAUGUUUUGUUUUAGUUAGUGGUUUGCCGCCCGCACUUUGACGGUAUUGCAUAUAUCGCGGCGCGUGUUUACAUUUCGUAAUUUAUUUUUGUGACUAUUAUUGGAUUUUUUUUUCUGAUUGAAAAAAAACAAGAUUCGAAAUAAUUGCCUUAAAAUCUGCUGGAACAUUAAAUUAUGAACGGCGCACACAGGCGAAAUUCGGGGAAAAGCCGGCCAUAAAUCGGAAAUACCAACUUCCCAAUUAAGGCCUAUUCUGAGUAUAAUUCAAUUAUCUAGUUACCUGGGUAUAAUAAACAAUUACCCUUUUGUUUUUCGUCUUGUCACUUGCAGAAAUAUUUUAGUUGAAAGUUGAUGUUCGUGGAGACUAUUUCAUUGUGAUUCAAAAGCGCCUGUAAAAAGUAGUCAUUUAAAUUUAGUUUUUCGGCAAAGUGUGGGUGAAAAUUUUGUAAAGCAGCAAUGGAGCCUAUUGCUAGUGGGACAGCAACAAAAUCUGCUUGGUUUAAAAGAAGCCAACUUGUCAGUUGGUUAGGAAUUUGUCAGUCCAAGAAAAGAAUGGAGCAGUGCCGUUAUUUGGCAGAAAAAGUGACCUCUACCAUGCGAGUUGAACGCUUGUCAGAAGAGUCUUCAAGAGUCAUAUAUAAAUUCAUCGAGAAAUAUGACACAAAAUGGUCAUCAGCAUCAAGAAAUAAAACUGCAUUUGAAAAUAAAAAUCCAGAUUGGUUAAAUAUUGAGUUGGAAUUUUCUUCUGAAAUGAAUGAAGCUCAACCAGCCGAAAUGCAGGAUACAACUCUAUCGAGUAGAGGGAGGCCAUUCACUGGAUUUUUAGAUUUAUGUGACCGAUCAAAAAGAAGAAAAACUGAACAGAUGCGAGCAGAUCGAAGCCCUGAAGAACUAACAUUUGCUGCUCAAAUGAAGUUUAGGUCCGAAGGUAAACUGGAUGAAGCAGAUGUGUUAAAAAAUGUUGCAUUCUCAUCACCAACCCGUGCAUCAAAAUAUAAAAAAUCUCUUGAAAAAGAAUGUGAAAUACCAUUUUCAGCGGACGAAGCCUUAUCGCUUUUUGUAGAGGCUACAUUGACAAAAUUUCAAUACAAUCUUAUAAGAAAUUCGGCAAAAAGCCACAAAAGGUCAACUCUUUAUCCUAAUUAUGAGUCAAUAACUGCCGCAAAAAAAAGGUGCUACCCAGAAAACCUAAACAUUUCUGAGGAUGUUGCUGAAGUGCCUCUUCAAAGUUUGCUGGAUCAUACAUCUUUAAGGUUAUUUGAGUCCCUAAAAGAAGUUUUAAAUUCUUUAAACCAAAAAAAAUAUAAUAAUUUAAAUUUAAUUUGCAAAUGGGGGUGUGACGGGAGUUCUGGGAUGAGUCAAUACAAACAGCAGUUUGCAGAGUCCAAUAUUUCAGAUGCUAAUAUCUUUUUAACAUCAAUGGUACCAAUUCAGCUCAUUAACGGUGAUCCGAAAUCAAAAGAUAAGUUUGUAAUCUGGGAAAAUCCCAAAACUUCCUCCACACGACUCUGUAGACCUCUUAGAGUCCAGUUUAGGCAUGAAACAACAGAGUUAUCAGUGAGAGAAAAGCAAUAUUUUGACCAACAAAUUUCAGAUUUGCAACCAACAAAGCUUGAUAUUCAAGGAAACAAUGUAUUUUUAAAACACAUUUUAUAUUUUACAAUGAUAGAUGGCAAAUUGUGUAAUGCUGUUACUGAAAAUACUUCAACUCAGAGAUGCUAUUUGUGUAAUCUAACAUCCAAAGAUUUUAACAAUAUCGAUAAGGUUUUAAAACAGAAAAUUGCUGACGAAUCUAGAUUUCAAUUUGGUUUGUCAUCUUUACAUGCUUGGAUUCGUUUUUUUGAGUGUUUGCUGCAUCUAUCUUAUAAGAUGGAAUUUAAGCAAUGGCAAGCGCGAGGCCAGGAAAACAAAGAAAAACUUGCAAAUGCCAAAAAACGAAUCCAAGACUUAUUUUUUAAAGAAAUUGGACUAUUGGUUGACCGACCAAAACCUGGUUUUGGAAGUACUAAUGACGGCAACACUGCUCGCCGUUUUUUUGAGAAUGCUGCUAAAGCUUCGGAAAUUACAGACAUCAAUCAAGAAGAGUAAUUUUAUUAACAAUUUCUAGUGGUUUUCAUAUUAAAAUCGAUAGUUUUAAGGAUUACUGUCAUGAUACGGCCAGAAAAUUUGUAGAAUUGUAUCCGUGGUACAAUAUGCCAACUUCCGUGCAUAAAAUCUUAAUGCACAGUUCUGAUAUAAUAUCAUAUUUUUUGGUUCCAAUUGGGCAACUUGGCGAAGAAGCCCAGGAAUCAAAAAAUAAAGAUAAUAAAAGAUUCAGAGAAUUUCAUGCACGGAAGUUUUCAAGAAAACAAAACAUGAAAGAUAUAUUUUGUAAUCUCUUAAUAUCUUCUGAUCCUUUAAUCUCCAAUAUGAAAAAAUCAUCUGCUAAAAAGCUUAAACAGUACCCUUUAGAAGUUUUGGCAUUUUUGAUGAACCAACAAUUUCUGCUGAUUUUAAUUAUUAUUAAG